AUGACGCAGAAGUAUAUGAUGCUGUGGACGAGAAUGGAGAUGCCGCUCGUGGCCAUGUUCCCGAACUCCACCACCCGCGUCUUGGCCGGCGCCUGGAACAGCAGCCCCGGUGACAGUAGAAUGAACAUCACCACCGCCACGAUAAUCGGUCCCCAGUCCAUAGCCAUCUCUCUCUCUCUCUCUCUCUCUCUCUCCCGCUAGUCGGUUGUGGAUGGCAGGCGUAGGGGAGGGAUAAUGGGAGGCUCUUAAGGAGGAAGGAAUACGAAGCUUGGAGGGUGUGCAAGGGAGGGGAGAGGGUAAAGGAGAACCAGGUGGGAAGGACGCGCCUCUGAGCUCGGUGGUAAUGACCCUCGUUAGUGCUCUUUAGUGACGAAGCUGUAGCAUACUUGCGCAGAAGGCAACGGCCAUGUCGGCAAAGACGAUCUUAGUGGGAAGGAACCAUUGUACAGAUUGAGAGAGAGAGAGAGAGAGAGGAGCUUUAAGGAAAGUUAGGAUAGAGAGAGAAGCAAGGGAUGGCUAACGUCGGUCAACAUAAUCAACGGCAAAUACAUAGCCGAGCCGACCUCAUAAGGGCCCGGCCCAGUUUUUUCCACAAUUGCGCCUGA